AUGGGUGUCCCUAGGCUCAUUUUCGGCGCUGCCUCAUUUGGUAUGAACUUUGUUAAUCCUGAAGAUGCCCAGGAAGUUCUCAACUAUCUCAAAGAGAACAACAUCACCCACCUCGACACCGCAGGCAGAUACCCUCCCACUUCGCCUGGGCGCUCGGAGGAACUGCUGGAUCACCGUGGUGAGUUAGAAAAGUCUGCGAUUGAAAAGUCCAUCAACACCAGUCUGCAGCGCAUGGGUGUUGAGCAGGUCAACACUCUCCACAUUCACUGGCCAGACCCAGAAACUCCGUUGAAAGAUCAGGCAGAGACUCUGGACAGUUUGCACAAGACUGGCAAGUUUAAAAAUCUCGGUGUCUCCAACUUCCAACCAGACUUGCUGCAGGAAUUCCUCGACAUCUGCGAGGCCAACGGCUAUGUCAAGCCCACUAUCUACCAGGGCGACUACAGUGCCGUUAAUCGAGGCAUGGAAAAGAAGCUCCUCCCAAUCCUGAAGAAAUACGGUAUUGCCUACAACGCAUUCCGAGUUCUGGCCUCUGGGUUUUUGUCCGGAAAACUCACAAAUGGCAACCCAGAAGGCACACGCUUCGACGGCGAGGGUCCCAUGAACAAAUUCAUGCAGAAUCUUUACAACCAGGAAUCAUUGCACAACGCACUCAAAGAGUUAGAGGAAACGACAGGCACUCUUGGAAUCACAACUAUUGAUGCUGCGCUGCGGUGGGCGUAUUACCACUCUUCACUGGAUACGAAUAAUGGAAUCAUCCUCGGAGCCAGUUCUCUCACGCAGAUCAAGUCGAAUAUCGAGAGCAUCAGCCAGGGUCCUUUGCCACAAGAGUGUCUAAAUACAUUCGAGCUCAUUUGGGAGAAACUGGAGCCGAAGUGCCAGCCGCCACCGUCCUCGACAUUCCUCUACUUCCAGCCCUUCGUCACCGCAAAGGCGGGGGUAGAUACGGGGCUAAAGAAUGGUUUGGCAGACGAGGACUUUCUUCCUGCUGCACAACCGCUGGUCCCGCUUCUCCAACAGCCGGUUGGCAAUCAGUAUCAUGACCUUGGCUGUAUGCAGACUUUGGCCCUGUUUUGCGGUGGCUACCAUUAG